GUUUGUGAUUGAAGAUACACAUUUUUUUUGUUCCAUUUCCAUUACUUUGGUUUCUUGAAUCGUAAGAUGGUGAAGAACGGGAAUUUUGGCGUGGCAGUGCAACAAAAUACCUGGAAUCAGAAAACGAGGAACAAUGAAAGACCUCUGACGGAAGCAGAACUGAAGGUUUUAGGCUCUUUGAAAAAACUUUCGAUCCCUGAUUGGUACUUAAACAAGAAAUCUAGUCCACCUAAAAUUUUAAAAAGUGAUAUACCAAUCGAAUCACGUCCACGUGCCUGGAGGCCAAAUUCUAGCUUUAAUAAUAUGUCGUUCAACGCUGAUGACAGUCGAAGCAACAAUCCUAUACUGGAAUCAAGAAACCCAUCAGGGACCUACAAAAUAAAGCGUUCAGGUGAAAUAUCUGUGGCACGACUCAGAAAAACCUUCGAGGACACAGAAAUGAAGCAGCUACAGCUAAUACAAUAUACACCACCAAAAGCUUCAAACUACAUAAGCAAAACUUUUCCAAAAAUUUCGCCAUCGCGAAAAAUACAAAAUAUAAAUAUAAUAUUUCCGUCGUCACAUUCAGAAUCAAAAACGCCCGAGCGCGUCAAUAAAAAUCUGGAAAAUUCUAAAAAUUCGUCAAACAGAUCAGACUAUGACGGAAAUUAUAAAAAUUCCCCAGAAAUCACUGAAAAGUCAUCAGGUUUCGUGUCUCUGGACGAGAAACGAUCGUCAGAGUCCACAAAACAAUCAUCGAUUCAAGAGAGUCUUUCAAAAUUCAAAACUUCACGCAACGAAAGAAGAUUGAGCAUUUUCGAAAAUACCAGGAAUACCGAAAACACAUCAGACUUUACAUCUCUAUUGACCGAAGAAGAUAUAACGAAUCAAGACAGUAACAAUUCGGAAAAUUGGAAUUCGAAGUUUUUCGAAAUCUUGGAAAACGAGAGAGAGUCGUCACCUGUUGCCGAAAAAUCACUGGACUGUAGCUCAACAUUUUCGGAUUAUUCCAAAAAUUACGAACACCCUGCUAUCGCAUCCACUCCGUUGCACAAAAAUGGCCGCCGUCUGAGCACUACGGGAAGAUCCAUAAAAGAGAAGCUGCGUCUCUUCGAGAGAGCAGAAACUCGCAAAAGUCUUCGACACUUGCCCUCGACUCCGCCUCAUCCAUGUAACAGACGUUGCAGCACUCCAGCUCUACCAUUGGCAUCAUCGAAUAUAACUCUGAUAGAAUCUCCAAAUCUUCCAAGAAGACAAACUACAUCAGGAAAGUCACUUCUCAUCGAGUCCAUCGAGCGUGGAAAAAAGUUCAGUUCACCCGACGAACCUUUGCACAAUGGAAAUCUAACAAGCCUAAUAGCGAGUUUACAAAGUGGCCUGAAGAUACCAUCGGAUGAUCGAGAUGGAAACUCGGGUAACGCGAAGUCCCCAAAAUUGCUCCUGGUAAACAAUGGAAGAAGAUUAAGUAUCGCCGAGAACACUGAAAAUAAGAAAAAAGUGUUAAUCCUAGAAGAUCCCCUGCGAAUUGGUACAGCAAAAAUGUUAUUACCGAAUAAAGAUGGCGAUCAGGAAAAAUCAAUAUUCCAAAUGCAGACACCAGAUUCGAAAAAUCACUCAAAGCAGUUCUUCGCAAUGUCGCCCAAUUCGCUGAAAUCACCUCAGAAUUCAAAAACCGAAAAAAUUCCAUUUCGUAUUAUACUUUGGGAAAAAUCAAACAUCGACAAUGAGGCCACUGAUAAUAUGUGUCAAGACUGCAGAACCGGAUAUGAAUCCACGAAUCAUAUAUCAGAUGCUUCACCGAUAACUACAGCAACUUACAUAACCACAGUACCCAUGAUAGGAAGUGCAUCCGUUCCAGGAGUGCCAACAAGCGCGGAGCGUGUAGUACGUGUUUUCCGUAAACGUUUUCCAUCUAACUGUAAAAUACCAGGAGACUGCGGCACAGCAUCCCCGGGUACCAAGUUCAUGAACUCUAAAAAAAAGUCAACGACUCUGGAGAGAAUCGUGAAGUCGUCCAUCCGCACCGAAAAGAGUCUUGUUGAUGAGGUAAUUGAGGGACUCAACGAAAAGCUCUGUAAACAAACAAUAAAUUCAAACAAAGAAGCCGUAGCAUCCAGGAAUUUUGUCAAAAAAUUAGUUUACGCCUUGGAAAAUAACAAGCAGCCAACGAUUGACGGAUGUUUACCACUGGAUGACGUUCCCGAAGAGGAUGGAUUUAAUACCGGAAGUGACGAAGAAGUCAAAUCAGAAUCAUCGACUUCAAUUUCCUUCAAGAGUACUGACAGUGAUACUGAUCAGACGAGACCAAUCAAAAGUCCCUUUUCAGAAUUGACCUACGACCUUGGUCACAUUAAACCGGAAGAGAAUGAUGGAAGAAAGUCACGCACUGGAGUCAUAGAUGAAGAUGGCGUGUAUUGGAUUCCAAUGAACAGAUUCAAACUGCCUAGGACCAGCUCUCUUCUUAGUAUGAUGUCCAGAAUCUCAGGUAACAGUGGACCACGUCAGUCUCCCUGUAUGAGUCCUAUUCGUAGAAUGACUGAUGAUGAUCAGAGUUCUUGGGGUAGUACCUACGACAAAAAAUAUUCAACUAAAUUAUUGAGGACCAAUGAUACUCGGGUCAUCGAUUCAGGAUAUUCUGAUAGAUCCAGUGCUGUCUCGUCGUCUGAUCGAUCCUGGUUAGAAGACGUUCUGUUCACUCGUCCUGUCAGUGAGCUUGCUAUGUACCGGAAGUGCUCGACACUUAAAUCAUCGUCACGACCUCGUAGCUAUGUCAGACAACGCACUAUGAUCAUUUAAAAAAAUUCUCUUGACUCGUCUCAUCGCUCGGAAUAUUUUUAAAUCAUUUGACUCGGUACAAUUUGACUUUAAUCUAUACUCAUAGUAUUUUUGUCACUUUUAAAAAUUUAUUUA